AUGAAGAAGGCGCAGCAUAAGGCGCGCGAGAAGCUCCGGCGCAAGGGCCUCCUCGCCGAGGACGCGCCGACGGCCGAGAUGUUCGAGGAGAAGUUCUUCGACGUGUCGCUCACGGAGGUGCCGGAGAAGAAGCGCAAGCGCAUCAUCCAGGAGCUGCGCGCCGUGACGCGCUUCAGCCUGAAGCAGGCGACGGACGCGGCCGAGCGCGUGCCGUGGACGAUCAAGAGCUCGUUGACCCGGGAGGCCGCGGACGCCGUCGUCAAGCGGCUGUCCCGCGCCGGCGCCGGCGUCGAGCUC